AAAGAUGCUGCAUUCAUCAUCACUGCCCGCAAAGUCCUGAGAUCGAAAGAAAUCUCGACACCAGCACGACAUGACGGUGAUCGCAGACCUCCCCAGCAGCGCGCCGCCGUCCUCCGACGUCGAGACCGCGGCCGCCGCCGACGCCGGCGCGGCCUUCGUGCUCGAGUCCAAGGGGACGUGGUGGCACGCGGGGUUCCACAUGACGACGGCGACCGUGGGCCCCGCGCUGCUGACGCUGCCGUACGCGCUCCGGGGCCUCGGGUGGCGGCUCGGCGUCGCGGCGCUCACGGCGCUCGCCGCCGUCACCUUCUACUGCUACCUCCUCGUGUCCAGGGUGCUCGACCGCUGCGAGGCCGCCGGCCGCCGCCACAUCCGCUUCCGCGAGCUCGCCGCCGACGUCCUCGGAUCCCAGUGGGCGUCCUACCUGGUCCUGGUCGUGCAAACCGCCAUCAACGCCGGGGUUACCAUUGGGAGCAUCCUGCUCGCCGCCGACUGCCUGCAGAUAAUAUACCUGCACGCCGCGCCACAUGGGCACCUGAAGCUCUACCAUUUCGUCAUCGUCGUCGCCGUGGUGGUGGCGCUCCUGUCACAGAUGCCGUCGCUGCACUCGCUGCGGUACAUCAACUUGGGCUCGCUCGUCGUCAGCGUCGGCUACACCACGCUUGUGUCGGCUGCUUGCAUUUGUGCAGGUUCGUCGAGUAAGGCUCCAACGAAAGAUUACUCUUUGAGCCCAUCCAAUUCCGCGAGGACCUUCAACGCGUUCCUCUCCAUCUCCAUCCUCGCCUCCGUUUUCGGCAACAGCAUUCUGCCUGAAAUCCAGGCCACGCUGGCGCCGCCGGCGUCGGGGAAGAUGGCCAAGGCGCUGGUGCUGUGCUACUCCGUGCUGUCGCUCACGUUCUACUUCCCGGCCAUCACCGGCUACUGGGCGUUCGGCAACCAGGUGCGCUCCAACGUGCUCAAGAGCCUCAUGCCAGACACGGGCCCCUGGCUCGCCCCGGAGUGGCUGCUCAUCCUCGCCGCCGUCCUCGUCCUCCUCCAGCUCAUCGCCAUCGCCCUGGUGUACUCGCAGGUGGCGUACGAGAUCAUCGAGACCAAGUCGGCGGACGUGGCGCGCGGGCGGUUCUCGAGGCGGAACCUGGCGCCACGGGUGGCGCUGCGGACGGCGUACGUCGCCGGGUGCGCGCUCGCGGCGGCGAUGCUGCCCUUCUUCGGCGAGAUCAUCGCCGUGGUGGGCGCCGUCGGGUACAUCCCGCUCGACGUCGUGAUCCCCGUCGUCAUGUACAACAUGGCCCCGCGCGGCGGCGGCGGGCGCCGGUCGCAGGCGGCCUACGCGGCCAACGUCGCCAUCAUGGUGGUCUUCGUCGGCCUCGGGGUGAUAGGCGCCGUGGCGUCGGUGCGGAAGCUCGCCAUCAACGCCGACCGGUUCAAGCUCUUCAGCAAUGGGAUCUCUUAGCAGGCCAUGUAUUUGUAUAUGGCCCUAGACCCCGGCCCAUCUGUGGAUCGUGUGGAAUUUCGGCCUCUCUCAGAAAUAGGAGCACAAUUAGCUGAUUAGCUUAAUUUAUUUGUGAAGUGAGGAGAUUUCUACUUUUAA